CUUGGGGCAGAAGCACCCUGGUUUCGGGUGAAGACGAAACGGGCAGUGUCUGACCUCCUCCGUUAAGCAAGCAACAAGAAAAAUAGGAUGUGGCAUCUCCUUGCGCCUAUCUCUGAGCCCUGCCCACCCCACUCCUGUGGUGCCAUGUUUCUGAAACUCCUAUUGCUCCUGGCCCUGCUGGGCCCUGGAAGCAGCCUCCAGCUGUGGGAGACCUGGGAGGAUGGAACCAAGGAGGCCCCAGGCCCCCUGCUUGUCCGUGGCCGGAGAGAAGUGGAUGAGGACGACUCCGACAUAUAUGACUAUGACAUACAGACGGACCCUCCAGAAAUGCUUAACUAUAGCACCGAGGCCCCCAAGCUUCUGCCUGUGAUGGGAACAUUGGAGCAGAGAGAGUCUGCAGGGCCUUUAACACCUGAGCCAACCACUCUGGAGGUGGCCACAAGGGACCCUGCUGUCCUGGAUGCAGGAGGGGCAGCCACUGGGAAUGUGAGCAUGGAACCGGUCAUACUGGUCACUCUGACCAAAGAACCAGUCACUGUAAUCCCUCCCAUCAUGGAGGUUCCAUCCACAGAAUCAGCUGCAGUGGAGGCCCUGUCCACAGGGCCAGCAGGCAGAGCGGCACUGGCCACAGAACCUGCAGCCACAGAGGCUCUGUCCACAGAGACCCUGCCCACGGAGCCAGCAAGCACAAUGGCACUGGCCACAGAACGCACAGCCACGGAGUCCUUGUCCACAGGGGCCCUGUCCACAGAACCCACUGCCGCGGAGACCCUGUCCACAGAACCCACUGCCGCGGAGACCCUGUCCACAGAACCCACUGCCGCAGAGACCCUGUCCACAGAACCCACUGCCACGGAGACCCUGUCCGCAGAGGCCCUGUCCACAGGAUCCACUGCCACAGAGGCCCUGUUCAUGGGACCCACAGUCAUAGAGGCUCUGUCCACGGAACUGGCCACCACAGCAGUUCUUUCCAUGGAGCCCACUACCACAGGGGCCCUGCCCACAGAUCCAGCCACUGUGAAGACCCUGCCCACAAGACCUGCUACCACAAGGGGCCUAACCACAGCCCUCGCUGUGCCCUCUGACCCUCCCAAGAGCACCAUUGUGGCAGUUGGCAAUUCAUCUGAUAACUUGAUCUACAAAUGGAAAAAUGGUCAGAGUCUUUUCCCCCAGAGCUCUGUGACCCCAAGCUCCACAGAGGGCCUGCUUGACCCCAGCUCGGUGAAGCAGUGUCUGCUGGCCAUCCUCAUCCUGGCCCUGGUGGCCACCAUCUUCCUCAUAUGCACCGUGGUGCUGGCCAUCCGCCUGUCCCGCAAGAACCAUCUGUACCCCGUGCGCAAUUACUCCCCCACCGAGAUGGUCUGCAUCUCAUCCCUGCUGCCCGAGGGGGGUGAGGGGCCAGCUGCCAUGGCCAACGGGGGCCUGCCCAAGGCCAAGAGCCAGGGCCUGAAGGCGGGGUCUGGGGAGGACCGCGAGGGGGAUGACCUCACCCUGCACAGCUUCCUCCCUUAGCUCCCGGCCGGGCUGCCUGAGCAGGACCAGCCCCCAGGCGGCCUCGCUGGGCCGCCACCCAUACCCAGGCUCUAUGCCAUGGGUCCGGGCUUCCUUGGAGCCGCCUGGGGAUGGGAAUGUUUAGGGUGGGAACCCUGGCCGCCCUACACGGGACUGAGAGCAGUCAAGGUCCAGGCACCAGAGCAGGCCUGGCAAACGGAGCCUCCAGCGGAGGCUGGAGAGGCCGCCUCCACCUCCCUGCCUCUCAUGUGUUCUUUUUUUUUUUUUCUCCCAUGUGUUCUUGACCCCCUCUAAUGCCUCCCACGGCUGCUGGAAUCUCAUCCCCAUGUGCCCAGGAGGACUCAGCGUUCCCUGCCCACACCCCCACUGCCACUUUCUUCUGGUGGCCAUGGUCACUGCACAGGAAGGGGGCACCUUUGGGGGGGGUUACACCAUUCCUGAGUUCAUUUCCUGUCACUCCCGGUUUGGGGUAUCUCUCCCAGGAGCCCAGGGUGAGGGCUGGGCAUGUGACGGCUGGGCAGGCUGGGAAAGCCCAAGGCUACAGGCUUCUCUGGGACUUUGUGGACCAAUGAGCUUCCAUCUGGUGACAGAGUGACCCCCGUCCCGCCCUCCCUCGCCUCCCCCUGUGGCCUUGUUUUAGGGUGGGCUCUGCCUUGUUCUCGAAGUCUCCCAGGGCCCAGCUCGGGGGCCCGGGAGAGCACAGACACUCAGUAAAUGUUUGGUAAACAA